GGGGGAGGGGCCGGGCCCCGAGCUGUGGGCGCGUCGGUGCCCAGACGGCGGCGGCGCCCGCACGGGCGGCCCGGCCUCUGUCCCCGCGGCGCCGCGGCCGCCGCCCCCUGCCCGCCCGGCCAUGCCGACCCCCGCGCCGCCCACCGAGCUGCUGCCGUCGGAGCGCGCCGUGGUGCUGCUGUCGUGCGCGCUCUCCGCGCUGGGCUCCGGCCUGCUGGUGGCCACGCACGCCCUGUGGCCCGACCUGCGCAGCCGGGCACGGCGCCUGCUGCUCUUUCUGUCGCUGGCUGACCUGCUCUCGGCCGCCUCCUACUUCUACGGGGUGCUGCAGGACUUCGCGGGCCCGUCGUGGGACUGCGUGCUGCAGGGCGCGCUCUCCACCUUCGCCAACACCAGCUCCUUCUUCUGGACCGUGGCCAUCGCCCUCUACCUGUACCUGAGCAUCGUCCACGCGGCGCGCGAGUCUCGAACCGGCCGCCUCCUCUGGGCCUUCCACGUGGUCAGCUGGGGGGUCCCGCUGGCCAUCACCGCGGCAGCUGUCGCUCUAAAGAAGAUCGGCUAUGACGCCUCGGACGUGUCGGUCGGCUGGUGCUGGAUCGACCUGGAGGCGGAGGACCGCGUCCUGUGGAUGCUGCUGACGGGGAAGCUGUGGGAGAUGCUGGCCUACGUCACGCUGCCUGUGCUCUACCUCCUCAUCCGGAAGCACAUAAACCGGGCGCACGAGGCGCUGUCGGAGUACCGGCCCAUCGUCACCGAGGAGCACCGGCUUGGGCGCCACGCCUCCGCGGCCGAUAAGAAGCUCAUCCUCAUCCCGCUCAUCUUCAUUUGCCUCCGGGUCUGGAGCACCGUGCGAUUCGUCCUGACCCUCUGCGGCUCCCCGGCGGUGCGCUCGCCGGUGCUCGUCGUUCUGCACGGCAUCGGAAACACGUUUCAGGGCGGCGCCAACUGCAUCAUGUUCGUGCUCUGCACUCGCGCCGUCCGAACCCGGCUCUUCUCCUGCUGCUGCCGCUGCUGCCCUUCGCCGCCUCCCGCCCGGAGCCCGGCCGGCCCUCCCAAGGCUCCUGCGCCCUCAGCGGCGGGAGAAUCUCAGGGACGCAGACUCACCCCAGAUGCACCUCCCAUCACCUGAGCUGUUCCCUGCCCGCUUCCGGGCACAGGUGAUGUCCACCCGGGGACGGGAGGUUCCGGAGUCCCCGCCGCAGGGCGUGGGGGUGGGUGUCUGCUGAAGUGUUGACUUUCUGCUUUUGAAGCUCUUGACGCCCGCCCGCUGGGGGAGCAGCCAGCAAACAGCUUCCUCUACCUCCUAGACCCCCAGGGGUUUAUCCGCACCCACGCGUGUCCUGCUGCACUCGCUCGGAGGGGUGCUCGUCUGCAGGAGGGGUGGCGGUGAGAUUCAGGGAAACCGGUGGUGCGCAGUCACUGUUAGGCUGCCCUGCGGUCGGGGGGUCAUCAGCCCCGGGGCCACACAGCACUGUUUACAGUUCGGGGGACCACGCCUGUGGGGAGAGCGCAGUGAGAUGUGGAUACCAUGCACCCAUCCUAAAUAAAGUGUCCGGGGGUGCCAGAGAUGCGCCCCCCUCUUAGAUGUCUUUUGGUUUGUCGGGGGAGGGGGCAGUGAGAUUUCCGAGAGAGGCUAGUUUUUCGCAGAGAGCUUUGCUGGUCAACGAAAGAGCCCUUCAACCAGGUCGGAGGUUUCCCAGUGAGGUUUACACUGUGAGACCAACGGCCCCGGGCAGCCGGGCUCCUUGGGACGCCCCAAAAUCUCUCUGUGGGCGGCCAAGCCUUGAUGCAGGUUGUGUUUGAAUUUCAAGCACAGGCCAAGCCCAGACUCCUCCCUCCACCGGUCACUUAAAAUGCAGGUUCCCUCGUCCAGCGCGAGAGCUAGGACAGGGGCAGGAAGAGUCCAUGGCAGAGACCCCCUGUGGGUGCCGCUGCCCCCUCGGGUCUGCCCUCGUGAGCACUGAGACGGGGAGGGGCCGGCUUAUGCGCUUCCUGCUCUGUUGUGUUUUUUUUUUUCUUUUUUUUUUAAUAGGAAAGGUGACCGGAGAGUUGGUGAAUGAUCCAAAUACAGAUUCCUCCCUGAAGGGGAAGGUUUGGGGAAUUGGUUGGGAAAAGAGAAAAGGAUUUGAAAUGAGCAUCUGCGGUCUCUGUAUUCAUGGCUCUUCCAGGAACGAUUUCCUCUUAUUUCAGAAAACAAUUUCUCUGUUAAGUCACAGAAGUCACAGAAGCCACAGAAGCCAGGCAGUGAUGCAAGUGUCAGUGUAGUGUCACUGCCUUGGGGAGGGAGCAUGCCCACACCUGUCCUUCCCUUGGGUUCCAUCAGAACUCUGCAAAACCAAAAUGGUCUUCUGAGCCUGAAAAAUGGUUCUGGAUUAAAACCAAAGCCUCAUCAUA